CAUCAAGGACCCAGAAUACUGUCCUCCUCUUUGACCUUUGCCUACGGUGUUUUUCAUCCCUCCCUCUCCCACCCAACAGGUGUCCUGGAGCUAGGACACCUGUCCCCCACCCCCACCCUGGGCCUCCAGAGACGUGAGAUGUGCUCAGGGCUCUGGGUGGGGCCUUCAGGCUCCCCAGCUUCCUCCUUCCAGCCCCAGAUCCUCUCAGAUUUCCAGAGAUGGGCUCCAGCCAGGGAGGGUGGGGCUGCCCCUGGGACCAUCAGGAGUCACGGGCUGCCUGGGCAGUGACAGAGCCCUGCAGGGAGCAGACCUUCACUUGGCUGUGCCUCCUCUGACUCUAACGCCAUGGCCAGGCACCUGCUCCUCCCCGUUGUGAUGCUUGUCCUCAGUCCCAUCCCAGGAGCCUUCCAGGACUCAGCUCUCAGUCCCACCCAGGAAGAACCUGAAGAUCUGGACUGCGGGCGCUUUGAGCCCUCGACCCGCAUCGUGGGGGGCUCAGACGCGCAGCCGGGCACCUGGCCUUGGCAGGUGAGCCUGCACCAUGGGGGUGGCCACAUCUGCGGGGGCUCCCUCAUCGCCCCCUCCUGGGUCCUCUCUGCUGCUCACUGUUUCAUGACGAACGGGACGCUGGAGCCCGCGGCCGAGUGGUCAGUACUGCUGGGCGUGCACUCCCAGGACGGGCCCCUGGACGGCGCGCACACCCGCGCAGUGGCCGCCAUCGUGGUGCCGGUCAACUACAGCCAAGUGGAGCUGGGAGCCGACCUGGCCCUGCUGCACCUGGCCUCACCCGCCAGCCUGGGCCCCGCCGUGCGGCCCGUCUGCCUGCCCCGCGCCUCACACCGCUUCGUGCACGGCACCGCCUGCUGGGCCACUGGCUGGGGAGACGUCCAGGAGGCAGAUCCUCUACCUCUCCCCUGGGUGCUACAGGAAGUGGAGCUAAGGCUGCUGGGUGAGGCCACCUGUCAGUGUCUCUACAGCCAGCCCGGUCCUUUCAACCUCACUCUCCAGAUAUUGCCAGGGAUGCUGUGUGCUGGCUACCCAGAGGGCCGCAGGGACACCUGCCAGGGUGACUCUGGGGGGCCCCUGGUCUGUGAGGAAGGUGGCCGCUGGUUCCAGGCAGGAAUCACCAGCUUUGGCUUCGGCUGUGGACGGAGAAACCGCCCUGGAGUUUUCACUGCCGUGGCUACCUAUGAGGCAUGGAUACGGGAACAGGUGAUGGGUUCAGAGCCUGGGCCUGCCUUUCCAACCCAGCCUCAGAAGCCCCAGUCAGAUCCCCAGGAGCCCAGGGAGAACUGCACCAUUGCCCUGCCUGAGUGCGGGAAGGCCCCGCGGCCAGGGGCCUGGCCCUGGGAGGCCCAGGUGAUGGUACCAGGAUCCAGACCCUGCCAUGGGGCACUAGUGUCUGAAAGCUGGGUCUUGGCACCUGCCAGCUGCUUUCUGCACCCGAGCAGCUCCGACAGCCCGCCCCGCGACCUCGACGCCUGGCGCGUGCUGCUACCCUCGCGCCCGCGCGCGGAGCGGGUGGCACGCCUGGUGCAGCACGAGAAUGCCUCGUGGGAGGACGCCUCGGACCUGGCGCUGCUGCAGCUGCGCACGCCGGUGAACCUGAGCGCGGCUCCGCGGCCCGUGUGCCUGCCCCACCCGGAACACUACUUCCUGCCCGGAAGCCGCUGCCGCCUGGCCCGCUGGGGCCGCGGGGAACCCGCGCUUGGCCCAGGCGCGCUGCUGGAGGCAGAGCUGUUAGGCGGCUGGUGGUGCCACUGCCUGUAUGGCCGCCAGGGGGCGGCAGUGCCGCUGCCGGGAGACCCGCCGCACGCGCUCUGCCCUGCCUACCAGGAGGAGGAGGAGGCGGGCAGCUGCUGGAAUGACUCGCGUUGGAGCCUUUUGUGCCAGGAGGAGGGGACCUGGUUUCUGGCUGGAAUCAGAGACUUCCCCAGUGACUGUCUACGUCCCCGAGCCUUCUUCCCUGUGCAGACCCAUGGCCCAUGGAUCAGCCAUGUGACUCGGGGAGCCUACCUGGAGGACCAGCUAACCUGGGACUGGGGCCCUGAUGGGGAGGAGACUGAGACACAGACUUGUCCCCCAUACACACAGCAUGGUGCCUGUGGCCUGCGGCCGGAGGCUGCUCCAGUGGGGGUCCUUUGGCCCUGGCUGGCAGAGGUGCAUGUGGCUGGUGAUCGAGUCUGCACUGGGAUCCUUCUGGCCCCAGGCUGGGUCCUGGCAGCCACUCACUGUGUCCUCAGGCCAGGCUCUACAACAGUGCCUUACAUUGAAGUGUAUCUGGGCCGGGCAGGGGCCAGCCCCCUCCCACAGGGCCACCAGGUAUCCCGCUUGGUCAUCAGCAUCCGGCUGCCCCGGCACCUGGGACUCAGGCCCCCCCUGGCCCUCCUGGAGCUGAGCUCCCGGGUGGAGCCCUCCCCAUCAGCCCUGCCCAUCUGUCUCCACCCGGCGGGUAUCCCUCCGGGGGCCAGCUGCUGGGUGUUGGGCUGGAAAGAACCCCAGGACCGAGUCCCUGUGGCUGCCGCUGUCUCCAUCUUGACACCACGAAUCUGCCACUGCCUCUAUCAGGGAAUCCUGCCCCCUGGAACCCUCUGUGUCCUGUAUGCAGAGGGGCAGGAGAACAGAUGUGAGAUGACCUCAGCACCGCCUCUCCUGUGCCAGACGACAGAAGGCUCCUGGGUCCUCGUGGGCAUGGCUGUUCAAGGGAGCCGGGAGCUGUUUGCCGCCAUUGGUCCUGAAGAGGCCUGGAUCUCCCAGACAGUGGGAGAGGCCCACUUCCUGCCCUCCAGUGGCUCCCCACACUGGCCCACUGGAGGCAGCAACCUCUGUCCCCCAGAACUGGCCAAAGCCUCAGGAUCCCCGCGUGCAGUCCACUUCCUGCUCCUGCUGACUCUCCUGAUCCAGAGCUGAGGGGCUAGGGUCCCGGCGCCACUUACCCCUUCUCCACCCUCUACUUCCCGCCCAGCGGGGCUGGAAUGUGGCCCAGCCAGCUUGAACCUCAAGGGCCCCACCCACCUAGAUUGCAGAGGCUCGGGCUAAUUGGGCCUCAGUGCCCGGGCUAUUUUGAACCUAGGAAUCCUUGGGGGUGGCGGGAGGAGCGGGACAGUAAAGGUGUAAACACAGGCA